UAUCGGUUGUCAUAAUUCUUUGUAAGCUUACUACAAAAUAGAAAAAAUGAACAACUAAUACAUUCAUGUAUCGUGUUGUUUUGUGAUCUAUGUCUUAUCUAUAUUUUGUUAGGCAUUUCACGAGUACUAGUUUUUAGUGACAAGAUGAAUAAUUUUGGUGGAGAUUAUCUCGGGGAAAAUAGUGAUUUUGAAGAUGAGGAAUAUGACAGCGAAAAAGAGGACUAUGAAGAAACUUAUUACAGACAACAAAUUGAAUCUGAUAAUGAUUCCAAUGCAAGAAAUAGCGAUUCUGAUAAUGAUUAUAGAAGGGAAAAAAGUGAAUUGGAGUUAUUACGUGAGAAAAAUAUAAAAGAAAGAGAUGCAUUUUUAGCAAAACUUAUGAAUGAUCCAGAAUAUGCCGAUGUUGUAGCUUCUGCAAAUGAACUGAAAAAAUCAAAUAUUAAUAAAAUUACAAAACCAAGAAGAGAUCCCUCCUUUCAGUACAAAGGACAGUUUAGUAUUCCAGUUGAGAAACGUAGAUCCAGUAGGUUGCAAAAUGUACCACCAGUCUUUUUCAAGGAAGAUUUGAUCGAUGAAAUUGAAAUGAAUAGGAAAAGAAAAAGAUCACAGGAAUAUGAUUAUUACGACUUAGAAACAGUUAUUUAUCAUCCUAAAAAGUCUAGAGCAUCUUCUCAUAAUACAGUUCGAACACCAAUUGUUCCAGUAGAAGAUAUUACAGAUAACAUGAUAGCCAAUAUUGCUAGAAAAGGGACCACAAAGGUAUAUUCUGAUACAGGAACAAGUUGUCACCAAUGUAGGCAGAAAACUAAAGAUCAGAAAACUUUCUGCAGAAGUCUCAGUUGUGUCGGAGUGAGAGGACAGUUUUGUGGAGUAUGUCUAGAAAAUAGAUAUGGUGAAGAUGUUGCUGUAGUAUUAAAAGACCCUAUGUGGAAGUGUCCUGUAUGCCGUGACAUAUGCAAUUGUUCUUUUUGCCGUCACAAAGCAGGUAAACGCCCAACGGGAAUUUUAGCUCCACUGGCUCAACAGUCUGGUCAUAAAUCUGUAAAAGAUUUCCUUGAAAGUUUAAAAGGCGAGGGUGAUUAUGUUCACCAAGAUGCCGUAUGGAAGAAGUUGAAUGACUCCAGUUGCCUUUUAGGAUAUUCAACUGAUUUAAAAUUUGCUCAUAUGGGUAGAAAUGUUACACACAAAAUAAAUUCCUUUUUGUCUUGGGAAGGACUAAAGAACUUCAUUUGCAAAAAGGAAAAUGAAUUAGAAUCUGUGAUAGACCACCACAAUGAACCUAGGUGUUUAUUGGGAUUUUUCCAAGGUACAGAUAAUGCUCUUUUGGACGAUGGCAGUCACUGUCACAUGGGCCCAACAUAUUUAAAAUAUGAACAACUCAUUCAAACAAUGCAAGCCAAACUAACAGUAGUCGAAAAAGAAUAUAUCACUAUCACUAAGACCUUGGAAAUAACUGGAAGGAAGCGCAUAGAUGAUGUCAGUAAAAAAGAAAUAAAUUAUAAUGAGACUUUAGAAGGAAAAAAGGAAUUUGUUCUGACACAGGAAAACAAGUUAGUUGUGAAACAAUUUCACCAUGAGGCGAAAGUUGCAGAAAUAAUUGAAAAAAAGUUCUUAUGUACGGAAGGUACUAGAAAAUUAAAUGUUACCAAAAAUGAAAUCGAUUUUUCUGCGAGUGUGGGUGAAAAGGAAUUAAUUCAAAAAGAAGGUCAUGAGUUAGAAUUAAUGGAAUACGUUCAAGACAAACCUAAGUAUAAAAAGGGAAUUGAAAAAAAGCACCUAGACAAUAAAAAUAAUAUAAAUUAUAACGGAAAAGAAUCCAAGGAAUUUUUUCUGAAAGAGGAAAAUGCACUAAUAGUAAGGAAAGAUGAAAUAGACAUAAGUGAUAAACGUUAUUUGGAUAAAUUUGCAGAAAUUACUGAAAGUAGGCACUUAUGUAUGGAAGAUGACGUGAACAAAAAUGAAACCGACUCUUCUGUAGGUUUGGGCGAAUCAAAGGAAUUAAUUAAAAAAAAGUUAGAAUUAAUGGUAUCUCUACAAGAUAAUCCUAAGCAUUUACUGGGAUUUUUGAAAGGUACAGGUCAAGCUUUGAUGGAUGAUGGCACUUCCCGUCACAUAGGCCCCAUUUAUUUUAAACAUAACAACGAUAAAUAAAAUGUAGCAUAACUAAAACUACGUGAUUCAUACCAAAUACAGUAUUUGUCUUUUUUUAAUUAUAUUCAGUAAAUACUUUUCUGCAAAGUCUUUCCUGGAAAUUAAUUAUAUACACAUGAAAGGGUACAAUAUUUUUAAUAUUUAGUUUUUUAAUUUUAUG